AUGGACUUUCUCAAGAAUGCUGUGGCGUCUGCCAUUGCCACGGGGCCUCCCUUUCCAUACAGCUUCGGAGACAAAGUCGACAUUGACGAGUCUGUUUUCACUCUGUACAACGGAACCAAGAGAGAGGACGGGUCAAACUGCAGCAUCUUCUCCUUUGAUAUCACGGCCAGCCGAGGCCGCCUCCCCCUGGCUAGAAAUGCGCUGAAGAAAUUACGGACAAUGCGACACCCUGGAGUCAUAAAAGUGCUGGAUACUGUCGAGACGGAAACCUACAUAUAUAUUGCCACCGAGCGCGUGGUGCCUCUUCGAUGGCAUGUGCGCCGAAAGAGUCUCGCCCCCGAGACAAUUAAAUGGGGUUUACAUAGUAUUGCGAGAACCAUCAAGUUCAUCAAUACUGACGCAUCAUCGAUCCACGGAAACCUGAAGGUGGGAUCGGUGUACACAUCAGAAAGCGGAGAGUGGAAGCUUGGUGGGUUUGAAGUGUUGAGCAGCGUCAAGGACGACGAAUCUGCCAUCUAUACAUAUGGAAGCUUAGUACCUGACUCUGCUCGCUAUGCGCCGCCAGAGCUGGCCCAAGGUGGAUGGGAUGUCAUCAAGAAAAACCCGCAUUCAGCUGUAGACUCCUUCAACUUCGGAGUACUCAUAUUUGAAACAUUUAACAGCGACUAUAAUGGAAGCAGCCAAGCUGGCCAGACGAAGAACAUUCCUCCCACAAUGCAGUCAAGUUACAAACGACUGUGCAAUGCCAAUCCCAAGGCCCGUAUUGCCGUAUCUGCCUUCCUCGACCAAGGCAACAGGACGGGAUCCUUCUUUGACAGCCCUUUGAUCAAGUUGACGGACGGCAUCGAUAAUCUGGGAAUGAAGUCUCCCAGCGAGAGAGAGGAGUUUUUGAGCGAUCUAGACCAACUCACUGACGAUUUCCCGGAAGAUUUUUUCAAAAUGAAGGUUCUACCAGAGUUGAUCAAGUCGGUUGAAUUCGGCGGCGGUGGACCCAAGGCUCUCGGUGUCAUUCUGAAAAUCGCUGCCAACAUGUCCAACGACGAUUUUGAUACCAAGAUGACACCGUUCAUCAUCAAGAUGUUUGCAAACCCAGAUCGGGCUAUUCGGGUGUACCUACUGGACAGCCUGCCGUUGAUAAUCGAGCGAGUACCUCAAAAGGUUGUCAACGACAAGCUAUUUCCCCACAUAGUCACUGGAUUUACAGACGUUCAACCAGUUGUUCGAGAACAAACGCUGAAGUCUGUUCUCCUUCUCGUUGGCAAGCUGUCUGACAGGACCAUAAAUGGUGACCUGUUGAAGCAGCUGGCGAAAACUGCAAACGAUGAGCAGCCUGGUAUCCGCACGAACACGACCAUCUGCCUAGGCAAGAUUGCCAAACACCUCGGGACAUCUUCUCGCUCAAAAGUUCUCAUCGCUGCGUUUACACGAUCCCUGAGAGACCCAUUCGUCCACGCCCGCAACGCCGCUCUCAUGUCACUUGCCGCCACGGCAGAGUACUUUACCGAAGAGGACUGCGCUGUCCGCAUCAUUCCCCUGGUCUGUCCAUUAAUGAUUGAUAAGGAGCGAAUGAUUCGAGAUCAAGCGAAUCGCACCAUCGACUCAUUUCUGCAGAAGGUCCGCAAAGCGGCAUCGGCUAUGCCUGAUACAGUCCUGCCCCCAGCUACGGCUGGAGAAAGCCAACCUGCAAGAAUGGGGACGCCACAGCAGAGCGGUUCUGCUGGUUGGACGGGCUGGGCAAUAUCCUCAUUCACUAAUAAGCUUUCGAGUGCAGCCGGCGAUAUGCAGACGGCAAACGGUGGCUCGGAUGUUAAUUCAGCAAAACCAACUGCAGCACCUGGCCCCCAAGGAAGACGAUUGCCCAAUGUCUCGGCAUCUACUGCACACAAACAAACUGUGAGCUCGCCAUCACCUCAGGCGUCUAGAACGACGUCGCCGAGCGCCAGCGCAGUGGUGGAUGCAUUCUGGCCAGAUGACGGAUUUGACGACGCUGGCGAUGGGUGGGGAGAGAUGGGAGACGAUGACGAGGUAAUACCAUCGUCGACGACAAGGAAGGCCCCUGAAAAGGCUGUACCGUUUGAUGAGGGUGAAGAACCGGAUUUUGCUGGGUGGCUAGCAGCCCAAGCACAAAAGAAGCCUGGAUCGUCCAAACCACUACCCAAGGGCCUAUCAAAAUCAACGGCGACGAAGAAACCAGCAGCCAAGCCAGCCGCAAAGCCGAUCACCAAAAAGAUCGACAUGAAACCUAAACAGACCGAAGACGAUGACGGAUGGGGGGAUGGGUGGUAA